ACCAAACAAAGAAACAAUCUUUUGUCAAACUCCAGUGAGGAGGACGCUGCUGCAGUGUACAAGGCUGCCCGCUUCCUCAACAUGACGGGCUCGGGGUACGUGUGGCUGGUGGGCGAGCGGGAGAUGUCGGGUAAAGCCCUGAGCGAGGCGCCAGACGGUCUGAUCGGCCUCCAGCUCAUCAACGGGAAAAAUGAGUCGGCGCAUAUCAAUGAUGCGGUGGCUGUGGUGGCUCAGUCCAUCCAGGAGCUCUUUGAGAAGGAGAAUAUCACUGAACCCCCGAAAGGAUGUGUGGGCAACACCAACAUCUGGAAAACAGGGCCGCUCUUUAAACGGGUGCUGAUGUCGUCUAAAUACCCCGAGGGCCUCACAGGUCGCGUGGAGUUCAAUGACGACGGGGACAGGAAGUACGCCCAUUACAGCAUCCUCAACUACCAGAAGACUCGACUCGUUCAAGUCGGCAUUUACAACGGAACACAGGUGGUAAUGAACAAUCAGCGGAAGAUCAUCUGGCCUGGAGGAGAGACGGAGAAACCACAGGGCUUCCAGAUGUCCACUCGACUAAAGAUAGUGACGAUUCACCAGGAGCCAUUUGUGUAUGUGAAACCAACUCAACCGGAUGGAACAUGCCACGAGGAAAUGACAUUAAAUGGAGUCUUAAUAAAAAAGGUUAUCUGCACUGGGCCCAAUGAGACCAUCCCAGGUAACCUAUCAGGACGCCCAAUUGUUCCCCAAUGUUGUUACGGAUUCUGUGUUGAUCUCCUUAUCAAGUUGGCUAUGACCAUGAACUUCACCUAUGAGGUGCACCUGGUGGCCGAUGGGAAAUUUGGAACACAGGAGAGGGUGAACAACAGUAACAAGAAAGAGUGGAAUGGCAUGAUGGGAGAGCUCCUGGGGGGCCUUGCUGACAUGAUUGUAGCCCCGCUGACUAUUAACAACGAACGAGCCCAGUACAUCGAAUUCUCCAAGCCCUUUAAAUAUCAAGGUCUCACCAUCCUUGUUAAAAAGGAAAUACCUCGCAGUACACUGGACUCGUUCAUGCAGCCGUUCCAAAGCACGCUGUGGCUGCUGGUGGGUCUUUCGGUGCAUGUGGUGGCGGUGAUGCUUUACCUACUAGACCGGUUCAGCCCGUUUGGAAGAUUUAAAGUAAACAGUGAAGAAGAAGAAGAAGAUGCCCUCACCUUAUCAUCUGCGAUGUGGUUCUCCUGGGGAGUGUUGCUGAACUCCGGUAUUGGAGAAGGUGCACCGCGCAGCUUCUCAGCGAGAAUCCUAGGUAUGGUGUGGGCCGGAUUUGCCAUGAUAAUUGUGGCAUCCUAUACUGCCAACCUGGCUGCCUUCCUGGUGUUGGACCGACCUGAGGAGCGCAUCACCGGCAUCAAUGACCCAAGGCUGAGAAACCCAUCGGACAAGUUCAUCUACGCCACGGUGAAGCAGAGCUCCGUGGACAUCUACUUCCGGCGGCAGGUGGAGCUUAGCACCAUGUACCGCCACAUGGAGAAGCACAACUAUGAGAGUGCCGCCGAGGCUAUCCAGGCUGUGCGUGACAACAAGCUGCAUGCUUUCAUCUGGGACUCUGCGGUGCUGGAGUUUGAAGCUUCGCAGAAGUGCGACCUGGUGACCACGGGAGAGCUGUUUUUCCGUUCGGGCUUUGGCAUAGGCAUGCGCAAGGACAGCCCCUGGAAACAGAAUGUGUCCCUGGCCAUUCUCAGUUCUCAUGAGAAUGGCUUCAUGGAAGACCUAGAUAAAACCUGGGUGAGAUACCAGGAGUGUGACUCAAGGAGCAAUGCCCCAGCCACACUCACCUUUGAAAACAUGGCAGGGGUAUUCAUGCUGGUGGCCGGUGGGAUUGCAGCAGGUAUCUUCCUAAUCUUCAUUGAAAUCGCCUAUAAGCGCCAUAAAGACGCCCGCAGGAAGCAGAUGCAGCUGGCCUUUGCGGCGGUCAAUGUUUGGAGGAAGAACCUGCAGCCCUCUUCCUCUCUAGAGACUCAGGAUGAUAGGAAAAGUGGUAGAGCAGAGCCCGACCCCCAAAAGAAAGCCUCUUUUAGGUCCAUCAGUACCAACCUGGCUUCCAGCAUCAAGAGACGUAGGUCCUCCAAAGACACGCAGUACCCACCUACUGACAUCACGGGCCAGCUCAACUUGUCUGACCCGUCUGUCAGCACCGUGGUUUAAAGAGAGGGGAGACGCCGAGGUCCGCUCCCCGAGGAGAGAGGAAACGAGACGAGGGAAAGAAAAGGAGAGGAAGAAGUGGACGGGGAGAAGGAGAAGGGAGAAGCCAUCUCCUCGUUCCCUUCACCACUCAAGUCGAGGCUUUCAUUUCACCGCCAGUCGAGGGAAGCUUCGGAGGAAACUUGCUUGCUGAAGAAGUGUCUGACUGAACUUGCACCCUUUUUGACAGUCAGGAUUACCUGGCAUUAGAUAUUUGUAGGGUCCCUGAGCAUGCACAGAAGAACCCAUCUGACUCAAAUAUACAAUCUUUUCCUUCUGUAUAUUAUUAGCAAACUUAUUUAACCUUGUUUUUUGUCAUUUUGCUCACUCACAGAGACUUAAUGUUUGAUGUUCAAAGUUCCUGACCCGCUGUAUAAGUUUAGCAAGCCAGGUUUAGUUAGUUAAGUUUAAGGAAGUACUGUACUUAACAUAUCACUUUAAUUAGGGCUUAAAUACCAUAGUGAUUUUCCUAACAGCAUAUACCGCAAUACAAGACGUACUGUAAGCUUCAAUCGAUAUCAAUUAUUUUUUAAUGCAAACUACCUAUGUUUUUAUCUACACUUUAAAGGUUUUUAGAAAAUGUUGCUUUCUUUGAGAAGCACUAUUAAUGGCACUAAGGAUAAGGAACUUGUGAAGAUGAUGGGAGCAUGUGAGCGCUUGUAUAUGAAUAAGAGCUUUAUGUAUCUGAAUGAUGACAUUUUUAUUUUGAAGGCUGUAUACCAGAUUCUAUAGUUGUUUUCCCCUUUAAUUGUGUACUUAUCAACCAAAUGCAUGUUUUUGUGUUCUUCUAAGAACUCAAAGACAUUCUGUUAAGCUUAACUAUCAUUCAAAGCAAGGUGCAAGCUGAACUCACUGAAUAUUUGGAGAUCUGAUCAAACAGUUAAGACUGGUGUUCUUAUGUACGAGAACAUGUUCUCAUUCGUGAGCCAUGUUGCUUUUGGGGGCGCCCUCUCUCUUCCUCUCUCCUGCCGCAGCAGUCUUUCUCAUUUCCAGUCUCUAAGGGGCUGCAUCAAAGGGCCAGGUUUUUAACUUAACCGUCACUCGGUCUUUCAUGCAAAACCUCGUCCAGGCGUAACGCCGGACAGUUUUUCACGAAGGAACCCCGAGUGAAUUCAAAGCAUGGUCUUGGUUAGGCGUAAAAACAGGCCGUUUCCCAUUUUCUGGAGCUGAGAAACCACUGCUGUUUGUUGAAUCACCUCGUGUCUGCUCUCUGGCACUGCAUAGCACUUUAUGCUGAGGCGUCUCCCAAACAGUCAAAUAAGAAAAUACCGAUUAGUCGAGAAACAGAGUAACAUCAGUCAGACAUAUUAACUUCUCCACUUUCACUUCAAAUACAGUAUCUACACAGCCUUUAGAAAAUUAAUAAUGACCUUUGAAACAACUACACCAAGUGCAAAUCAGAAUUUGGUUUUCUAACUCGAACCAGGAGUUUGCUUUCUGAUCAUGUUCUCAUUCCGGCCUUUGCAUGCUUACGUGUUACUAUCGGUGCUUGGGUUUGUUUUUGGAUGCGUGUUGUUGCCGUGUACAGUCAGCUGAGCUGUGUGGAGCACUCCCUGUAAAUAGAUGUGGUGUAGAUAGGUUUGAGGAGAUUGUACCGCUUGUAUUACGACUGCAGCUGAGAAUGUCUAGUAACACACGCCAACAACAGUUGUGAUUCACUGGCAUGAAACAAACACACAAACAAACACACAUACACAAACACACACUAUCACUUGUUUUUCUUACCUUUUCAAGUAAUGAUCUUGCAUUGAAUCAUCUUGUUUAUACAACUGUAAAUAAAAUAUACUUGCAUUGCCAAGUCUACCCAA